AUAUCAACACAACAAUUACCUUGAUGUUACUGUUACUUGUCUUAAUCACUCUAAUAAUGACUUAUACAUAUAGAUAAUUAUACUUUUACACUGUGCCAUAAAUGUAACGAUGCAGUUCUUGAAUGUGACUACUGUAGAGUAGUAAACAUUAACAUUUCUGAACACAAUCAGCAACCAAUGACUCCCACACUAACUAUCGUUUGUAAUUGCUGAGGUGUUUGAGGGAUGGUGUUGCUUCCCCUCCUGGCCUCCUCCCCGCCGGGCGGUCCCAUCACUCACAGCGAACGCCCCGAAUUUCUGUAGCUCCAGGAGACAGCCAAUCAGUAUACGCUGAAGGCAGGGCUAAUCGGAGCUCUGACGCGCUGUUAGCUGCUGGUCUGCUAAGCUAACAUCAGCGAUCCAGCAGAGAAAGAUGGGGUCCAUCCUGAGUCGCCGAAUCGCUGGUGUUGAGGAUAUCGACAUCCAGGCUAACUCGGCCUAUCGAUUUCCACCAAAAUCCGGGAAUUAUUUUGCGAGCCACUUCUUCAUGGGAGGGGAGAAAUUUGACACACCACAUCCUGAGGGAUACCUCUUUGGAGAAAACAUGGACCUGAAUUUUCUUGGAAAUAGGCCGGUGCAGUUUCCAUAUGUGACACCUGCGCCUCAUGAGCCUGUUAAAACCCUGAGGAGUUUGGUGAACAUCAGAAAGGACUCUUUGCGUUUGGUCAGGUAUAAAGAUGACUCUGACACACUGGUGGAGGAUGGUGGAAAACCAAGGGUUCAGUACGGCGUGGAGUUCACCUUUGAUGCUGAUGCACGGGUGGCCAUCACCCUCUAUUGCCAAGCAUUUGAGGAGUUCUCCAAUGGGAUGGCAGUGUACAGCCCAAAGAAUCCAUCACUGGUCUCUGAAACUGUGCAUUACAAACGAGGGGUGAGCCAGCAGUUCUCCAUGCCAUCUUUCAAAAUAGACUUCAGCGAAUGGAAAGAGGAAGAUCUGAACUUUGACCUUGACCGUGGAGUCUUUCCCAUGGUAAUCCAAGCUGUGGUUGAUGAAGGGGACGAUUGCCUUGGACAUGCUCACGUACUUCUGGCAGCCUUUGAAAGACACGUCGAUGGCAGUUUCUCCGUCAAGCCUCUGAAGCAGAAGCAAAUUGUGGACCGUGUGAGCUACCUCCUACAGGAGAUCUAUGGGAUUGAGAACAAAAACAACCAAGAAACAAAGCCAUCGGAUGAUGAGAACAGUGACAACAGCAACGAGUGUGUUGUCUGUCUGUCUGACCUGCGAGAUACACUCAUCCUGCCCUGCAGACAUCUGUGUCUCUGCAACUCAUGUGCAGACACCCUGCGUUACCAGGCCAACAACUGUCCAAUCUGCAGGCUGCCCUUCAGAGCCUUGCUACAGAUCAGAGCUGUGAGGAAAAAGCCUGGCGCUCUUUCCCCCGUAUCUUUCAGCCCUGUUCUGGCUCAGACUAUGGACCAUGACGAGCACUCUAGCACAGACUCUGUUCCUCCUGGCUUUGAGCCCAUCUCACUGUUGGAGGCUCUGAACGGUCUGCGGUCAGUGUCUCCCGCCAUCCCAUCUGCCCCCCUCUAUGACGAAAUCAACUUCUCCGGCAGUCUGGGAGGCGACAGCAGACAGCUGAGCUCCCCAGAACAUUUAAAUGAUGGGAGUCUGCAGAAAGGCAAAGUCAGCAAGUCACCUGACAGCACCCUUAGGUCUCCAUCCUCUCCCAUCCAGGAGGAAGAUGAGGAGAAGCUGUCCGAGAUGUCCGAUGCUCAGCCCCACACGAUGCUGUCCAGCAGCCCCGCCCCCACAGAUGCCACAGCGACUGAGGACGUGGCAGAAUCCCUGUCUCCAGACGAUGAGGACAGGAUGCAUUCUGGUGGAGACAUCCUACAGGACUGCAGCAGUGAGCACAGCAGCUUGACCAAAACAGAGAGUGACCCCCCGGGCGACUUGUCUUUGCCAGGAUCAUCGGAGUCAACAGAAAGCCUGAAAAGUCAGAGCACAAACUGCUCCAGCCAGCCUCUCCUGUGUCCCUCAAGCAGCGUUCAUAUGGAGGAUGAGCACCUCAGCCCCUGACUCUGGUCCAGCCUCUUCCCUCUCAUCCAUCAGAACACACCAGUGCUUUGAAAGGUCAUUCAGUUCCUCUAUUCCUUUUACCCUCCAACCCUGAAAGGAAGUCCACCAGGACAAGGGAAGGCUUUAUCCCAUCAAUGUCUCUGACGUAAGAAAAGAGAUUUGACCGAAGAUGCUCUUGAUACCUUUCCCUACUGACUGAUGGGUUUUUUUGUUUUGUUUUAUUUAGUUAGUUUUUUUUU